AUGGCGCCUGCACAGCCCGCGCCGCCCAUGGCGAAGAAGGGCAAGGCGAAGAAGUCGCCCGACCCGUCCGAGCAGCAGAAGCAGAUCCAGGCCAAAAUCGCCCAGUUGGAGCAGGACGCCGCCGGUGACAAGGAGCAAGAGCUCGAAAUCGAACGAGAAGUCAAAAAGGCAAACCGAGAGCUAUCGUCGCUUCUCAAUAGCAUGGAUGGCCCGCUGACCCGCGUCGAGGUGGUCCAGAAACGCUACACGGAGCUGCUCUCGGAGAUGAAGCGAACCGAGCGGGAACACCAGAAAUCCAAGAAACGCGGCGAUCAACUUCAAAAAGAGAAGGAUGCGCAGAGGUCGGAGCUCAACAAAGUCACCACCAUGAGAGACAAGCUCGAUAAGCUGUCACGAGACUUCGCCAAGGAGAACAAGAAGCUGAAGGACGAGUUGCAUAAGAUGGAGUCCACCGAAUCAGCCGCGCGGGAAGAGCUACACCACCGCCUUGAGGAGCUUGUCUAUGACGUCGACAGUUGCAUUGCCCAGCAACACCACCCAGAACCGCAGAAUCAAGCAGACGUUGAGCUUGACGAAUUGUUUCGGCAAAAAUUCAAAUCAUUUAUCGACCAGUAUGAGUUGCGCGAGCUGCAGUUUCACUCACUUCUUCGGACCAAAGAACUUGAGAUACAGUAUCAGAUGGCCCGACUCGAGCAACAACGUAAACAGCAAGAAGCAGAAUCGUCCAAAUCGCACCAACUCACUAGGCAGGUGUCCACAUUCUCGCAGACCGAAACAGAACUACGCACCCAGCUAAACAUAUACGUGGAGAAGUUCAAGCAGGUCGAAGAAACGCUCAACAACUCGAACGAUCUCUUUCUCACAUUCCGCAAAGAAAUGGAAGAAAUGUCAAAGAAGACCAAGCGCCUCGAGAAGGAGAAUCAGAAUUUGCAACGAAACAAAGAAGUCACCAAUCGUAACAUCGCGGAGAUGGUGCAGGAACGCGAAAAGAUGCAAGAUGACCUGGCGAGGAAGACGAAGGAGGUGGAAGAGCAGCGCAAGAAGAUUGCUCGCUUGGAGACACUCUGUAGAGGUAUGCAAGCACAGGGACGAGGUCAAGUUCCCAUGACCGAACUUGAAGAGGAUGAGGAAGUGACUGAGAGCGAAUAUGAAUACGAAGACGACGACGAGGAAGGCAGCGAGCAGUAUGACGACGAUACCGAGGACGAUGCUAUAGAGACCGUACCAGAACGUCGACCCUUCGGUCCCGUACCACCGCCUCCACCUCCACCUCAGAAUCCUGCAAGCACAAAAGUCAACGGCCACAGACAGGCUAAUGGACAGAUCAAUGGAGUCAAGCGCUAA